AUGGGAGUCACGGCCGCCACUUCAUCCUUGACACAUCCCCUCUAUCCAUCAACGUCCGAAAGUGACCGAACCGUUAUAUGGGGGCUUUCAACCACUUUCCGAACCGGUGGCUUACACGCUCUGGAACCCGGGGCUAUUCUGCAAGAGGUUGCAGCUUUGCAUAUCAGGAUAACUCGGCCUUCAUCGGUUGGUGGCACCACCUACAGAGCAAUUAGCGUGAGCGAACAACUCGCCGGCCUAAGAAGACUUCUCUAUGGCUGGGAAAGUAGAGAAACCGAUACUGGAAAGUGGUUUAGACGAGCAGCGGAGGUAUGGCUGCCCCUCUCCACCCAAGACCUGUUCAGCUGA